CCUGUGGCCGUGGAGAGUCUUACCCAAUCGCGCGGCCAUUCCCAAAUCCUCUCCGCUCAGCCCCCCUAUUCCGUAUGAUAUUCAUCGGCGGAUUACCGUUCUCCACUAGUUCCGAUGACUCAUCUCCGCCUCAGGGAAAAGAUAUCUUGAUGGCCUUAAUGAAUCAUCCUGCUUUGAUGUCUGCAUCUUGUUCAUUUAGUGCCAUUCUGGAGAGAAAAUUUUCUCUUUCCAAUAAUUCUCAUUUGGUGGGAACAAGACAAAUAAAAUGGGUCUAUGUUUUCCAAAGAGAAUAUGCAACUAUCAACCCUUCACUUGUUGAUAUGGUUGGCACUGAUGAGGCGACGACGUGCGUAGGUCUUGUCAUACGAAACCCUAAAAGUGGAAUGAUCUCCGUUGCCCAUGUAGAUUCUCCAGAUACUGUUGAAAUUGGCAUAACCCAGAUGCUCUCCUCCAUUGCUGAUAGCAAUGAUUCCAUCUUGGAUGUGCAUCUAAUUGGUGGUUUUAAUGAUGUCUCACAUCAACCUGAAAGUGGUGUUAGAAAAGAUAAUGAAAAGUGGGAGGGAUAUUCCUUUCCUAUAUGCUCCAAGAUAGUUGACAUUCUGGGGAAGAGUACCAAUAGUUUCAAUAUUGUAACUCUGCAUGUUCUUGAUUAUAACACAAUAAAGGAUUCAGAAGGAAAUGCACGACCAAUGUUCCACGGUUUCCUGGUGGAAACUGCCACUGGGUCAAUAUUUCCAGCAACCUUUGAUGGAACUACUAGAUGUCCAGAUGAACUCAUUAGGAGAAUUCGAGUGACAUCUUCAUUUGAGGACCCCAGUUGGAGAGGUAGACUGUUAGAGACAUAUGACACUAAGUCGGACAAAUUCAUUAUUGCUCCUUGCACUUGGUCCUCGCGUCAGAAAAAGAUUGCUCAGUGGCUGCAAAGUCUAUCUGCUUCAGAAAUCCUUCGCAUCUGUUCCACUUCACCUUCUGUCGAGCCUCCUGACUUCGUUGAUAAUUUAAGAAGACAAUGGGACUAUUUGAUCAAACACCCAGAUUGGCGAGAAACAUUUCCAGCUAAACACCCCCGAAUAUUUGUGAGAACAGCUGAUGAUGGGGGUUGGGACAGGCAUCACCCCGCGAGACAAAAUGGUCAUAUUCGUGCAGCCAAGUGAGCGCUUCCUUUUCACGCUGUUUCAGAAUCAUAUGUAUUGUUGUGCCAAUCUAAUCAUCCAAUUUCACACCCAAUGUUACUGUGAAUUUCUCCAAUCCAACACAACCGGGUUAAUCGUCCAUGUAGAGCAAAAAUUGUGGGAAUUUUCAGGUGGUAUAAAAAGCUCAACUCCAUCUUUACCUAGUGUUCCAACAUUAGAAAGUUGGAAGAGGGAGGUUUCUAGUUCAUGAAAGAUCUAGGAAAAAUGUUGUUGAGGGUACUGUUUGUUUUAAGUUGAAAUAUGCCUUAAGAGAUUUUUCAGAUUUUAAUUAGGGGCAUUUGACCCCUUUAGUUUGAAUGUAUUUGUGCUAUUUUCCUCCUCUUAAGGGGUAUCAUGU